GAAUUAUAAAAGAUGAAAAACAGAUUGGAAGGGCCUACCAUGUCGAUUCCUCUUCCCAUUUUGGCUUCUUUUCUUGUUUUACUAGUAGUUUUCAACGUUCCUUAUGGACCUACGCAUGUCUCGGCUUUGGAUUCGCCAUCUCCCAUAAAGUUGGCCAGGAUUCACAAGCACUUGAAGAAGAUAAAUAAGCCUGCUGUGAAAUCCAUGGAGAGAGAUGGAGAUAUCAUUGACUGCGUUCCUAUAGAUAAGCAACCAGCUCUUGAUCAUCCACUUCUGAAGGACCACAAGAUUCAGAGCGUGGCACCUGAGAUGCCGAUAUUUCAAACAGAUGGUGAAGAUCAGCCUAAAAACUACACAGUCAUGAGAAGGGAUUUGCAAGAAUAUUGGAGGCAGGUCGAGCACUGCCCGGAAGGAACGGUGCCGAUACGGAGAACGACGGUCGAAGAUGUGUUGCGAGCCAAAUCUUUGUCUCACUUCGGCAAGAAGAUGAAGAAGCCCAACAUGCCAUUUGUGGGGAAUCCUAAUUAUAAACAAUCUAAGAUCAAUAAUCAAGGACACGAGUAUGCAGUAGUUUAUGCUAGUGAUAGCAACCCGCAAUACUACGGGGCUAGGGCCAUAAUCAAUCUUUGGGAUCCAUAUGUCCAAGUUUCACCAGAGUUUAGCCUUUCCCAGCUCUGGGUUAUCGCAGGAUCAUUCCAAGGUUCAGAUCUAAACACAAUCGAAGUUGGUUGGCAGGUUAGCCCUGCAAUUUAUGGAGACAGCAAAAUCAGGCUAUUCAUCUACUGGACGAGUGAUGGGUAUAACAAAACUGGGUGCUACAAUUUGGUGUGCUCAGGAUUCGUGCAAACAAACAACCAAAUAAUCAUUGGAGGGCCUAUUGCCCCAAUAUCAACAUACGAUGGUGAUCAAUUCGAAAUCACACUUACUGUAUGGAAGGAUCCAAAGACCGGAGAUUGGUGGCUAGGCUGGGGGUCCAACACUGUCACUGUAGGCUACUGGCCCUCGAAGCUCUACACGCACCUCUCGGCCUACUCCACAUUCGUGGAAUACGGGGGAGAGAUCGUCGACGCGCGGGCCAACGGGCAGCACACGCAGACGCAGAUGGGGUCGGGCCACUUCCCCGCGGAGGGGUAUCGAAAAGCCAGCUACUUCCGCAACGUCGAGCUCGUCAACUCCGCGAACACCCUCUACUCACCACCGUCCCUCUCCCCUUUGGUGACCGACGCCAAUUGCUACGAUAUCGCGGUCUCCUCCAACACUGACUGGGGGACUUACUUCUACUACGGCGGGCCGGGCAGAAACCCUAACUGUCCCUGACGGCGCAAACCAAAGUGUGUGUGCGUGUGUGGAUUUUUGUGAGUGGUUGUAAUGUGAGUGUGAUGUGCGCAUUAAUUUGCAAAUGGCUGUCAUAUAUACGUGAAGUGUGAGAAUAUAUGUUUAAAUUGUAAUCGUGCUUAGAUUUGUUUUGCUCUUCAUUGUGUACUAAGUUAUUUUUUUGAGAAUAAAGUAGCAUACUACCGCUUCAUUCA